CUCCGAGAAGUCCCACAUCCGCUUUCCGGCCUGCCAGUCCUUCUCCAACCAUCCCUCAGCCGAUCCUGCUGGAGCAGGCAGAGCAGGCUGGGGACAGCGCCGGCACAAAGCAGCUGGGCAUGUCUGACUGCCGCGGCUAGCUAACCACGACAAAACAGGCUCACAUGGCCACAGCAGACAGCGGGCUGUCCCGCUGCCGGGGCCGGGCAGAAGCGCCCUCCCCAAGAUGGAGCCCGCCCCACAGCGCAACCCCUCACCAAGAUGGCGGCAGCCCCGCAGACGUGGCCGCGCUCGGGCGGCGGCUCAAAGCGGCAGCCUGCGCAUGCGCGGCCAGGCACGGGCCCGGUACGAUGGGCAGGAGGCGAGAGGGGCUGAGCGUGGCUCGGGAGAUCGAUGGGCUGGAGGAGAAGCUGGCACGCUGCAGACAGAGCGUGGAAGAGGUGGAUCUUAAACUGCGCAGAGAGAAGCUCAGCCCUGAAGGAAGAAAGUCACUGGAGAGAGAGAGAAACUUACUAAUGACCAAAGCUGACAACUAUGAGAAAGAACUGAGUGCGCUUCAUAAGGAGAACCGCAAGAAUGCUGCCCUUGCUGUGGCUGUGGGACUGCUGAUUGCUCUUAUUUAUGCCUGUUGGACAGUGUGAUUGCACUCAAGAAUUCUCCCUGCUGACCAAAUGACGCUUAUGCAAGGAACUCUUCCUCCUCUCACCACUGUGCCUCUGCCAAGGGUAAGGAUCAGCAUUUCAGAUUGCUGUUAUUGCUCAUCCUCUCCAAGCCUCAUUGCAGGGAAUCUUUCUCUGAGAACUGUGGGGUGCAGGAGACAAACGAGAAAUCAAGCACACUUGUGGCUAGAAACAUGGUCAAGCAGAGCUGAAAGUGAUGCUUUCUUACUCCAAAUGCAGCACAGACCAUCCAGCCUGAUGCAGGAAGGCAAUACAUUCUCUAUUUUGAAGCGGACCUCUGUGGCUUCAGACAAGUGCUCUCUGCCCAGCCCUGCUGGCAUACAUGCCACCUUUGUUCCUGCGACUCAGCCAUAAGCUGAAGGGACACUAAACUCUCAAAGGGUAACUUUGGUAUUGUGACCAAAAGAUUCCAGGUGUUCCCAGAGGUGAACUAAAUAAGUAUGGUACCUCCUGCACACUGACUUGAAGGACCAGAGGAAUCCUACCUUCACAAAACGAGAUGGGAGGUAGGUAUCUCUCUGUAAGCAGGCAACAUCCAGCUUGAGAUGUGGGUACUUGGGCUUUGAGAUCUGCCUACCUCUCCAGUGCAUCAAGGCUUGGUAGCCAUUCUGUGCCUUUGAGAAUCAACACUUGAAAUUGAACUAUCAAGUCCCAAGGAUGGAAGUACCUCUGCAAGGGCUUUAAAUAAAAUAAUUUAACCUUGUAA